UAAGAAUUUUAGAAGACAAUGAGUGAGAAAGAGGUACUGAUCGAGAUGGAAGAGAAGAGUAGGGAUGGAAGAGAUGGGAAGAGGACCAGUGGGGUUAGGAAUGUGUCAAAGAGUUUGGAAGGUGGGGAACCUAUUGGGUAUUCAGAAGCGUUUUAUGAUAUUGUGAAGGCAUCUAUUCCAAGUAUUCUUACAUGUAUGGUGUACAGGACAGUCUCUGUUUUGAACUUUAUAGUCAUUGGAAGACUUGGAGAUCCAGCUUAUGUUUCAGGAGCAGGUUUAGGGAUUAUUACUUACACAAUUGCCUGUACUGCUAUUUCUAGAGGUCUUGGAGGAGGAAUAGAUACCUUAUGCUCCCAAGCGUUUGGGAACAAGAACCCAUACCUAGCAGGGUGAUAUUACCACAGAGCUGUUAUAAUCACUUCAUUACUGAUGAUUCCGCAAGGUAUUGUAUUGUGGAACUGAGAAGCAAUUCUUGUUUAUUUUGGACUUCCAGAAUUAUCCGCUAAAUAUGCAGCAAUUUACAUCAGAAUUCUGUUGCCGAGCUUGUGGUGUGAAUGCCAGAGAGAUUUGCUUAGAAAAUUUCUAUCUUGCCAGAAAGAGUUUAAGCUUAUCCUUUAUAGUCAGAUUAUCUCAUCAGUAUUACAUCCUUUGUGGCUCUUUUUGACAAUCUAUGUUUGAGGUCUCAGAUUUGAAGGAGUGGCUAUAGCUAACUCAUUGGUGGUUUUCUCCAAUUUCUUCAUCCCAUUUAUGAUUAUAUACUUUGAUCGGUCAUGGGUACAGGAAGAAUCUUGGCAUUGGUUCUCGAAGGACUCGUUCAAUGGGCUCUGGCAGUAUCUUCAUUAUGGAUUCCCUUCAUUGUUAGUCGUUUCAUUCGAGCUUUGGGGAUUUGAAGGUAUAAAUAUAAUGGCAGGAUAUCUUGGAGUUAAUGAAAUGGGAGCAUGCUCAAUCGUAUUUGAAAUUAUUAUUCUAUUCUUUAUGUUAGCUCUCGGAAUGUCAUUUCCAAGCUCAAGUCUUGUAGGGAAUAGUCUUGGUGCUGGAAAGCCUAAGAAUGCACUUAUUUAUGCUAUGGUUGCUGUAGGAGUUUCUUUAGCUUUAGGUGCUUUGACUUUUUUGGUUAUUUUUAUUUUUCCUGAGCAACUUGCUUGGAUGUUUACUAAUAAUGAGGUAAUUUCUAGAUUAGUCAUAAUAUCUGUUCCCUUGAUGGCUUUAUGCUGUUUGGGAGAUUUUGCUCAAUGCAUUUCUGCAGCAAUCAUCAGAGCAAUGGGAAAACAGAAAUAUCUGUCAAUAUCAGUGAUCAUCAGUUAUUGGCUAAUUGUUCUCCCAUUAACUUACUAUUGUGCUUUUACUCUUGGUUGGGGGAUCACAGGAAUCAUGUGUGGACUUCCUAUCGGCUUAACAGUCCUUUGCUUAUUCUCAAUGUACAUAAUCUUCUCUGAAGAUUUCUCACAAUUAUCACAAGAAAUCAUAGAUAGAAUUCAAAAAGACAAAUCCAAAAUCAAACAAACUCCAAAUUCAUCCAAUUAAACCAUCCACAAAGAUUCAUCUAUAAUAUUCUCAACUUCU